AUGGGAAUCUUAAGCUUACUUGGCUUUGAUUUGGAUCCAGUAACGAUGAGUGUUGUAAUAAUUGCUAUUGGAUUCAGUGUUGAUUUUACGGCUCAUAUAUGCUAUCAUUUUUACCAUUACGACAAUUCGACAAAUGUUUCCAAUGAAUGCAUCGAUCAUAAGACGCGCAAACUUGCUGAUGUAUAUUUUAUCGUUGGUGAACCAACCGUUCAGAUUAUACCUUUGAACUUUCAUCUUCGUCGAACUAAAUUCAUGAUGAUCAGUGAGAUUAUUCUUCCUAGCCAUGAUAGUUUAUCCAACCGAGCAACAAGAAAUUCACCGCAGUUUAAAAGAAUGACAAGCAAAUGUUUGGCAAAAAAUUUGAAAGCUGUGGCAAACAUGCCACCACUUCCUAUAAUUACAUGGGAUCGUGCAGAGCGUAUUCGACGGAAUAAAGAGAUUUGGGAUAAUAAGAAUUCUAUUGUACAUCGCUUACCUCAUCAUUAUAAAAAAAGAUACUGGGAGUUUGUACUUAGUGAAGCAAAACCUGUGCAUUAUCGAAAACCGACAUCCAGAUACGAAUGGGAUGCUAAGCGUCGUAUGAUGGUAGAAACGGAGGAUUAUCCGAUAAUUGGUUUCCAUCCACCAGAAGCUGAUAAUGGAUUAUGGGGUGGCGAAACAGUAGUGAAAGGUUACAUAGAGUCGCGUCCUUAUACGAAAAAAAAGAUUUUACCAAGGCAGUGGGUACCACAUUUUUUCUUUCCACAUUUGAAAAAAGUUGUUACGUAUUCUGAAGUUUUGGACAAACAUAUGAAAAUUACCGUGACGGAGCGUACGUGCCGCUUGAUCGACCAACAUUUUGGACUUGAUUUAUAUUUGUUGGAAACACCCGAAAUUGAUAUCGCUUCAAAACUUGGCAAUAAACUAAAGCGUGAAAUUCUGCUUCUUUUGGCAAAAGGCACUUAUUAUCCAAAUGAUCCAGAACAGCACAACUAUAUAAAGCGUAAAUAUGCAAAAUUUGUAAUACCAUUAGAAGAGGCCGACUGGAUUGGUUUAGAUUUAAACGAAGCGUGCAGAAAACAGCAAGAAAUUGAAGAAAGUGUAAAAGCGAUGCCGGAAAAAUAUAAAUUCGAGCUUGAUCUUGUCAAACGAUUAGCAAGUGGUGAAGAGAAUCCGGAUCAUGAUAAAAUAAUAAAGGAAUUAGAAUCAGAAUCAGUCAUCGGUCGAAAAGC